GUUUUAUAUUUCGUAGCGCCAAACUGGUUAAUGGUGUAGUGCGUUGAACUGAGUUCUGGUUUCGCUUGGUUGCAUUUGUUAAUAAUUGUAAGCGCAUGGUGUGCACUUGCUGGGUCGUGCAUUCGACUUCCUUCCGACUAGACGCGAUCCGCUACAUCUGAGAUCUUAGUUUGUUCGGCACGAAUUUAUCGGCUCCAAUGUCCGAAAAUCACUCUAAUCAACUCUCACGAUUAUUUUACCCUAUAAAUGAACGUGUCGGUUUGUCGAUUGGUGUUAUAUCUGGACACCAAAGCAAGCACAAACGGAAACAUUUAGUUUUUACAAUUUCACUAACGAAGCCUACGAGCAUUCAGGUCUAUCUGGUCAAGAUUACGGAUAAAAAUGAAAUUAGGAAAGUGCAAGUAUGCAACGCGAAGAAUCUGAAAAAAAUUGACUGCAGAGAUACAAAAACUCAACCUAGCUAUGAAUUACAAAUCAUUACAGAAAAUAAGAUAUGGGUAUUUAAUGCUUUGAAAUUAGAAGAAAAAAGACAUUUUGUCAGUUCAUUUUGUCGUACGCUUGCAACACUUCUACCACAUGUGAUCAAAGAUAUAGAAUUAGUCAAUUUCCCACAAGAUAUAAAUAUUUCUCCACUUAGCCAACAUGAAACAUUGGAUGCUUUGCUUAAUCCUGAAUAUAUGUCAACGGUUGGUACCGGUGGCGAUGAGGAUAAUGUUGGCGGUGAUGAAAAAUCAGUUGAUAAAGAUAAGUCGGAUGUCAAUGCACCGGUCACUGAUUCAUACCGUUCAUUGACAAAACGUGAAGAAGAUGAUAUACGACAAUUUCUAGAUGAACUUGAUGAGGAAUCAACACUAUUAAAUGCUGCUCAACUAACAGAACGUUUACAAGAACAGUUGGCUCACAUUGAAGGUACAAAUGUUCAUUCAAUUAUGUCUUCUGAAUCUCAAGUAUUAAGUCUUAUGACAACAUUGGACAGUGCUAUUGAACGAGCUGAAUUAUUAGAGAAACAAUUAAAUAUUUAUUAUAGUUUUUUAGAGGAAGUUGAAGAUGCAAUGUCUACCCUACGUGAUCAUGAUCAAUUAAUCCAAACUACAGUAGAUAAUCGCGCAAAUUUAUUAAAUGUACUUGAACAACUAGUCGAUCGGUUAGAUGUUGAUCCAAAAUACUUCCAUGUAUUAAUGAAAGGUGAUUUAAGUACAUCUGAUGGUAUUGCACGUUGUAUCGAAGCUGCUGGAUAUUUGGAUCGUUUGCUGAAUUCAGAAUUUAAAGAAGGUGAAGAACAUCUUCAAGCUGUAGAUGAACGUAUGCAAGAAUUGAGAAAUUUACGUGAUUCAUUUGCCACAAAAUUAUCAGGUUUUGUAAAUGAUGCAAUGUUACGUUACGCCAGUCAAUUAGGAUUUGUUGUUAACACAGGGAUUAGUAUGCCUUCAUCAGAUACAAUGUCAACAAUAUCAAAUAAUCAGUCUGGUAUUGGCGGUGGUGGCGGAGGAAAUAGGAAAACAUCAAUGAUGAUUACAAGUUCUUUUCGUGUUGCAUCUGAUUUAUAUGCUGUUCAAAGAACUGACUUACUUCAACUAACUCCACUAGUUGGUAACUGGUUACAAGCUAAUAGAAAAGACUUAUAUAUUGGAAUUAAAAGGAUGUAUAUUGAAAAAUCACAAAAUUUUUUUAAACGACAAAUCCAAGAAGUAUUGAAGUGUACACAAGACUCCGUUGCUAAUCUUGUCCGACCUGGGAAAUCUAAAGAAAUUCAACGUUUAGAGAAUAUACCAUCAGAUGUUGGAAGUGUUAUGUCAUUACAUAAUUUAGAUUCAAAUCUUUUAACUCAAGUUGAGUCGAUCUUUGAUAGUUGUUUCGAUAAAAUUCUCACCCUAAUUCGUACAGAACAAGCAUUUUUAAAUCAAUUCUUUGGUUUUCAUUUGAAUGCAUCACAAAUUGAAAAGUCACAUAAUACUGUUAUGUAUAAAAAUUAUAAAGGCGAUGAAUUAUCUACUUUAUUCGAUUGUAUGGUUCAUUUAUUCGAUAGCGUUGAACAAGAUGUUUUAAAUUUAAUCAUUCAUUGUGAACAAUUACAAGCUAUAUUGAUUAUGCCAUUGUUAAUUACAAUUUCACGUAUCACAGAAAAUGAAAUUACAUUAACAUCAUCAUCAUCAUCAUUGUCAUCACCUUCACAACAAACCACAACAACCAAUUUGGAUAAUUCUAAUUCUAGUAGUGGGAUUGGCAAUACUAGUCAACUACAGUUAGAAUCACAAGAUUCUGAUAAAAUUCCAAUGACAUAUAUUGCAAAUUUUUUAUCACGACUUACUAUUGAAACAAAACGAGCUUUUAAUCGUCUUGUUGAGCGUCUAAUUAUUUCAUUUAAAACGAGUAAACCGUGUAAAAAAGUACGAUGUGGUGUAUUAUCAAUGGUUCGCACUUAUAUUGAAUUCGCUGAAUGUUCAAUGACUGUAUUUGCUAAGAGUUCACGUUUAGUUGAUCUAGAACGUGCUCAUAGAGAAAUAGUACGAUGUUUAAUGACUGAAAUUGAUCGAGUUGCAUCAAGAAGUGUGAAAACUCCCGGUGAAGUUGUUCAGUUAGAAAAUUAUCAUCGUCUUUGUGAUAUUCUUCGACGUUUAAAAAUGUCCAGCUUAGAUGAUUAUCGUCAAGAUGCUAAGAAUCGUUAUACUUUAGCUUUACAAGAAUAUACAAAAACAUGUAUGGGUCGUCCAUUGGAGAAAUUAGCAAGCUUUUUUGAAAAUGUUCAAAGUGCUUUGGAUGCUGGUGUACGAUCUGAAGUGGUUAGUUAUCAAUUUGCUUUUAGUAAACAAGAAUUACGUAAAGUUAUCAAAGAAUAUCCUGGAAAAGAGGUAAAACAUGGUCUGGAAAGUUUAUGUAAAAAAGUUGAAAAACAUUUAUCUGAUGAAGAAAAUUUGUUCCCUGUUGUAUGGAGAUCAAUACAAACAGAAUUUAUUACACAAUGUUUACGUUUUAGUAAUUUAAUUCAACAAUGUUAUCCAGAUUCAGGGAUACAACUUGAAUUCACUAUAACAGAUUUACAAAAUUAUUUUACUGAAAUUGCAUGUUCACGUUGAAAAGGGACUUUCUUUCUUUCUUUCUUCAUUUGCCUUCCCGUUUAUAGUUUGUAUAUUGUAUAUUGAUGUCUCAAUCACCUUACUGUUUACACAAACACACACACAUAUAUACAUAUACACAAAACUACUGAUGGAUUAUUCAGUUUCUUUUGUGCACAAUGAAUGUUUUAAAAGAAAACAAUCAAGUAACAUUCAACGGAUGAAAUUUACCUUGAUCUUAUAUAUGAAAACACGCACAAUACACAUUCAAUUAUACAGAAAUUGUCAUUUCCUUACUCUCAGUUUUUCUCCUUUUUUUUCUCUUCGUUUUAAUUAUCUGCUUUCAUAUGAAUGAUUCUAUUUUAAAUGAUUUUGUUUUGUGAUUUUCUUGUUUUCUUUUUAUUUUUGUUUUGUUUGUUUUAAUCUACUCUCCGUUCUGUGUAAAAAGAUCAAUAAAUCUAUAGCAUCAGGUGGGUUUUAUGAUUUCAGUGGUUAAGAUCGUGGUUCAAAUCUCACAGGGGGCAAGGUCGUGGAUACGCGCUGCUGAGCAGUCCCACAAUAGGACGAAACGGCCAUCCAGUGCUUCCAGGUUUUCCAUGAUGGUCUAGCUUCAAAUGACUCAUGGUCAUAACCAUUGAAAUAUAUAGCAGUUUACGAA